CCCGUAGCCUUAGUGAUAGGAGAUAUACUUACACGCAUCUGAGUUUUCAUUUACAGACUUUAGCCGACUCAGCCAACUUUGUCACACAUGUUGUAACUUGUAUACAGUAUCCAACAGCAUAAAUGGUAACUAACUGAACUCUGAAAUCCCAACUGUGUUUUACAGCUUCACCUGGGUCAUAUACUUGUGCGACAAUUAUUCAGAACACAGUGUCCUUUGACCACCGUGGCGUGUCUUACACAGCACAAUUUUGUAUUUAGGUGAUUAUCCACGGACACCUCCAAUUAUUUUAAAGUGUUACUUAGCAGCGCUCCGGUCAUGAGUGCCGCUGCGGAAGAUAGCCUCAAGCAGGCUACAAACGCGGUGGCGGACUACUGCCCUACUAUUAAUCUUCCAGUUUGCCUCAGCGGAGUAGAUAAUGUCGAGAGUCCUUUCUUGCUGUUACAGCAGAUCUGCUCGCGUCAAAAGGAUUUGAUGGUAGCACCCACCAAUUUCUUGCGCGAGGCUGUGCUGUAUGCAACGCGUGAUAUUGUGGAUGCUGUUGUUUCUCAACUGUGGACUAGCUCACGUAGUCAGCUUAAAUCAGCGGAUCCGGACGGAGAUACGGAGGUUAAGCUCGUAGAACUCAGAGCUGUUAUACCUAGGAAGGUGCAAUCAACGUUGCAGUGUCUACUACUUAUUCGCUGGGAAGUUGAAAAUAAUACAGAAUUAAGCAAGAAAUUAGGAGAAGGCCAGAAAAAAGAAGGAAUUGAUCAGUUUGCACGCCAGAGCACACUGGAGAACUUACUGAAGGCUCUCGAAUUGCUACGACAGCUCUUUGAUGACCUCACCGAGUUAUUUGCGCUGCAAGCUCAACAACGUGCACAAGAACCACCACUCUCGCGAAUGUCGUAUGAUGGUACCAGUACCAACAUGAACACAAACGUCAGCACGACUCUACAGAAUCAGAACGGUGCCACAGGAAUGAACAUGAACAAUGCGUUGCACGCUGCAGCACUCCAGCGUGCACAGAUGCAGAUGUCUGGAGGUCCUGGGUCUGGGGAGAACCCUAACUACAGCCUAUUUGAUAACAUACCUGCGUUUAACACUUUUGAUACACCCUACGGUAUGGGACGCGAUCCAAAGUCGCACUACUCACUGUUUGCAGACCCGGCUGCGGCCAAGCACCAGCAAACAUCGUGGAUGACUAGUAACAUGUUCCCGGCCGAGACGAGGAAUUUGUUUGCGUAUCAACAGCAACAGAAUGCGGAGCAACCGGUAGAUAAGUUCUACCAGCGGUCGUCGGCCAUGAGCAUCCCCGCCAUGGAUGGGCGCAACUACAAUGCGAAUGUAGGACAUUACCAGCAACUACGUAAUCAGUCUGUAGAACACAGUUCUCCACGGUCGUCUAUACCUAUGGUGCGAUCUAAGUCCACGUCUGCCUCACCUCAGCAGUUCUACUCAUCGUCGCUUCCAACUAGUGCAAUGCCAACGCGCAACGGUGCACAUGGCAGUGAUGUGCUGCAGUCGGCUUAUGAGCAAGGUGAAGAUGCCUUCAACUUCGAUAGCAUGGCCGAGUCACUGUUGGUCGAGGGACCCUACGACGAUGCUCACACAAGUGAUGCGUACUAUGGGUCAUCUGUUGGCAGUGGUAGUUUAGCGUUUAGUGCUGAUAGUAGUAGUAAGCCUCAGAUGAUAUCUGGCGACUCUUUCGUGUCUGCUGUGCGUAGAAGGGAAUCUGUUGACACGGUUUCGCCCAUCUCACCACAGGGAAUUCCUGGCGUCUUCGAUCCUAUGGAAGACGCAGAUGAUAUGACUGGUUGGGUGGAGCCGCCCGUACGAUACAAAACUGCAAUGUGCAAGCGCAUCAUAGAUAGCUCUAAGUGUAGAUAUUCCAAAGCGUGUGGAUUUGCUCACUCCGAGGGCGAGAAAGACAAUUUCAGUCGUCUACAUCUAGCUACUGUCAAGUGCCAGUUUGGCAGAAAGUGUCGCAAUCCCACAUGUGGACGCGCGCACACUCCACAGGCGCAGCAAGAUGCCAUGGCAUUGUAUGCAGAGGCAGUUGGCAGCUGUCGGUUGAUAGUCGGGAAUAAGAGCUAAUUAUUUCCUACCUAACGGUGCUGCUGGCGUCCCUCGUGAGUGCAAAACAUAUGUAGGUAUAGAAACCCUAUAUACAUAUAUAUUUAUGUGUAAAUGCGAGGGAAGAACAGCUCGUGGAAUGAAGCAUAGCGGAUCACGAGUGUCAAUGCGCACGGUUGUGGCACUCAUUCGUUGCCGUAUAUGUCCAUAGGGAGCGGAGAGGAACUGUUGAGACAAAUAGGCUCUCAUCAGAAGUGACGCGGAAAGAAGCAUAUGACACUAUAUGCCUUGUUCGCGUCAUAAUUUAGGAAAAUAUAGUCUAUAGUUCACCACUAACUAACACAACACGCAAGGACUACAUAUAUAGCUGCAGGGAAUAACCACCACACGAAAGUGGACAAGCACGUUUGUGUGUGUGUGUGUAGUUAGACAGCAGAUUGAUCCUGGACAUCCAGCUGGUCAAGGCGUCUAUGUAGUUCCAAAACCUGGUAUCGGAGUAUUUCAUCGGAGACGACCUCCACAGUAGUUUCCUGCCGCAAACUGACAUCCGCCGUAUUCCCCGCCUUCAUACGAGAAUGUGGGGGCUUAUUGGAUGGUUGGGCGGCUGGUCGAUUUUUUAUAUAUUUAUUUAGUUAGACACACAUCCAUCAACAAAUAGUAUUAGUAAUAUAAUAUAGGGAGUUUUUGCACCGUCAGGCGGUCUACUUAGACACUCUCCCGAUACAUACGAGCGUCGAUUGAAAAAAAUAAAGCAGUUCUGUUUCUCGA